GGCCGACGAGAGUAUUCCCAAAAAAACGCGAGGAAAGUGGCUUGAAGGCAGAGCGCAGCGACAUUUAUUUAUUUUUUACACCGCGCGCAGUGCUUACGACUGAACAGCGGGACUACAGCCGUCGGUGGGAACAUCGCGAAAUGGUAUUCAAUUACGCACGGCGACGAGCCAGCUGAAACUGUGAUAUAUGCAUAACAAGAGCGCCGACAACUCGGGUUUCGGAGGCGUCCAUGCAGGAAUUCGGGGCGAAUGUGUGUUUACCCAAUGCGAUUCGGAUUGUUUGUUUGUUUGCCCAACUUACGUGAAACGACGGAGGUGAAACCGCGCAUCUACCAUUUUCCAUUUUCCCCACUUGCUCGCUGGCUGGCCUGAAGGAGAGGAAAAGUGAAAAGUGCUGUCCGACGAGGCGCAACGGAAGGCGAAAAGACCAAGCGAUCUGGAGAUCUAGAGAUGUGUGUACAUAGCACAUAAAUUGCAGAUUGAGGCCAAGACAAGGCAAGAAACGACGACCACGACCACGACCACGACGACGACGGGGGAGAACCCGACGAACACAGAGAUCUUGACGCGGCAGCCAGCCAGUCCAAGCAACCAACCAAAUGGAUAGCCCGCCCGGGAAGGCUGGCCUGCUCACGGGCGCCAUCCUGCUGCUGCUGAUGGGCUCCCGCUCGCUGUGCUGGGCCAUCGAGGAAUCCUCUCCAGCUCCAGCUGCCGCGCCAGCUGCCGCGCCAGCUGCCCGCCCAUCGCCGCCGCCCACGGUGAAGCUCAACAAGUGCUGCCACUCGGGGGAGUACCUCAACGAGACGAGCGGCGCCUGCAUCGCCGGCAGCGAAGCCCAGUGGCUGCCCCUGGUCUACCUGGUGCAGCAGCAGCGCUUCUUCGAGCCGCGCGGCGCCAGUCCGCGCUUCCUCAAGUUCCUGCCAAACAGCAGGCCCUCCUGCCGCCGCGACCAGACCACGGAGCUCUUCCGCAGCCGCGGCGGCAACGUGAUGCUCUUCCCCAAUGGCACUCUGUACGUGAGGGAGCGCGGUCUCCUCGUCCAGCCGGCGGACUACUGCGUCGACUGGGAGUUGGCCGUGGUGUGCCUGAACAGUCCGCCGGCCGACGCCCUAGAGGCUCUCACGGCCGCGCAGAAGGAUGCUCCGGCUAGCCUGCGCCUCAGCAAGUGCUGCGGCCGCUGGGGCAGCUACAACACUCAGCGGCAGAACUGCGAACUGCAGUCCAACGGCCAAAAGCCCACCGACAGACUGCUCCGACUCUCGCCGCAGCUGGCCGAGGGCAGCUACAUGACCAGCUACGGCCUGCCCGUCUGCGCCCGCUCCGGGGGCUACUCCAUAGCCGGCGAUUGGCGGGACGCCAAGCUGGACCGGUCCACCGGUGGCCUCCAGUUGCCGCACAAGAACCUCAGCGCCGAGCAGUACUGCCUGGAGCACACGGAGCGCGAGGGCGAGGUCAAGAUCAUAGCCUGCCAGCAUUUGUUCAGGGCCGACGGUGGAGAGGGCUCUCUGGAGGGAUCCACCGGAGACGUCGUCGAGGCUGUCAGUGGCCAGAACCUGCAGAAGGCCGUCCUGACCGGGGGUAUACUCGUGUCCAUUGUCUUCUUGACCGCCACUUUGGUGGCCGGCUUCCUGCUGCCCACCGCACACCACGCCCUGCACUGGCGCUGCCAAAUCUGCUAUGUCUCCUGCCUGCUGCUCGGCAAGAUCCUGCUGGCCAUCGAGGAGCUGAGCUCCUCGCUGCAGCCGGGCAGCGCGGCCUGCCACACGCUGGCCAUCAUGAUGCAGUUCUGCUUCCUGGCCGCCUUCUUCUGGCUGAACACCAUGUGCUUCAACAUCUGGUGGACCUUCCGGGACUUUCGGCCCAGCUCGCUGGAGCGCAACCAGGAGGCGCUGCGCCGGUACCUGUACUCCCUGUACGCCUGGGGCGGACCCAUGCUCAUCACCUUCGCGGCCGCCUGCGUGGACCAGCUGCCGGAGACGACGCUGCUCAAGCCGGGCUUUGGCCAGCUGUACUGCUGGUUCGACAAUCGCAACCUCUCGAUCUUCGCCUACUUCUACGGACCCAUUGGCCUGCUGCUGUGCGCCAACAUAGCGCUCUUCGUGUCCACCACCCACCAGCUGACCUGCGGCCUGUGGAAGCGGGAGGAUGUGAAGUCCUCCUCGGAGAAAUCGGCGCUGGGCAGGGUGUGCCUGAAGCUGGUGGUCGUCAUGGGCGUCACCUGGAUAGCGGACAUCCUGUCCUGGCUGGUGGGCGGCCCCCACGGCGUGUGGUUCUUCACCGACCUGAUCAACGCCCUGCAGGGCGUGUUCAUCUUCAUCGUGGUGGGCUGCCAGCCGCAAGUGUGGACCGCCUGCCGCAGGAUCUUCUGCCCGAGGUUGCGCCACGACAUCACCAACACGACGAACGGAGUGCAGCACUCGAGCAGCUCGCAGGGCUUGCCCUCGAUGGCCGGCGGCACGGAGAUCACCCAGAACACCACCAUGCCCAGCAGUCCGGCGGCGGACAGUGGCCUGGAGGAGGACGGUGGCCCGGAGAAGGCGCCAAUCCCCGCCGGGCCCGCGCCCAUCGUCAAAAUGGAGACUGUUUGCUAAACACAACUGAGACGCGGAGCGACAAUGCGAAAGUCAGGCCCGGAUACAAGAGUCCAGACCCCGAACGAGCGAAAUAAUGGCAAUGGGCAGCCCAAGAAAAAAGAAGCAAAACCAAACGAACAAAAAGCUGGAGUUCCGCGGCGAGAGAGGCACACACUUGCGCAAUCGCAACAAAAACAAGAAAAGCCGAGCCGCUGACCAGCUAAUUGCGCACGUGUGCGUGUGUGUGAGCGUCUUGCGCGUGAUUUUGAAAUCGGCCAACAACCGCUGUGGAGCAGAAAGUACUCAGUAUACGCCAGUACGCCAGUAUUCAACUUCAUUUGAGCCAGCACAAAAGAAACGUAUUAUUUUAUUCAUCAUCAUCAUCAGAGGCGGCGACGUGGCUCAUCUUCUUAGCGGGAAGCAGUAAAGGCGGAGUAACGGUAGAGCAGUCCGGGUCACAUUAACACGUUCUAAUUGGACACUCGGGCCAGUGUUGCGAAAUGCCCGGCACUGGAAUGCGCGGCCAAACAGGAAUCCACGGUAGAUCCACGGUAGACAAAGCAAAAGAUGGCGCGGCGCUUUCUUCCAAGCACUUCCAAGCAACAACACACAAAAAGAACGUCUGCACAUGUGUGCGUCCGCAUCUGUGAGGCAACCACAAGGAAUUCGCUGUUGAGGCACUUUUUGCUGUGCUGUUUAGUUAAGUUCGCUGCGCUGCCCCGCUUUUUCUGCCUCAAAUCCAAAUCUCAAGUGUGAGAAACAGGCGACGCCACACACAGGCGCACUCACAUCGGAUGUUUAGCGUUUAAAUUAGCUGAUUCAGAUUUGAAUUCCCCGGUUUCCACUCACUUGACACUGCUGCAUCCAGUUGUGAGUGUGUGCGUUUGACAUUUCCCUUGCCCAAUCAUUUUUUGUUCUUUACUGGAAUAACAAUGCUGGCUAGAACUAUUUUUGUGUCCGCCGCCUGCUCUCCUCUUUCCGUGGAAAAAUUGUUUAAAUGUUUUUUCUACGCCCAGAGUAAACAAUCGAAAUUUAUUUACUCGCUGGCAUAAACACACGCACACUGCGGCGCGGAAGCAAUCAAAUUGAUCGUCAAAAGUUCAGCGAUACUUGUCGAUCAAGGUUAAAUGGCAGAAAAGAAAGCGAGCCUAGCCAAACAGCGACUGCAAUCCCUCCCAACCCAAGAUGUAUUUAUGUAUUUUAGGACCUGAAACCGCAGAAACUACAAGCAGUACAACUAUUGUUUCUCAUUACCUUUAUUUAACCAGUUAAUGUAUUUUUUUUGACUAAUAUUAACCUAUUGCUCGAGUUACGGCGAGCUGCACGUUCAACGUGCGCGAGUAACAUUUGUAUUAUGUAGUGGAACUUCCAAAGUGUUCAGGCCAAAAGUAAUGCUCCUGCUGGAGCUGGUAGAACCCGAGUGUUCGUACCUAGGUAUUUGUAAAUAACCAACGGGGAAAGUGCUUUCCCACGUAGCCUGUACUUUUUAAUCUCGAUCCCAAGCGCAACGAAUCGAAUAUGAAACUAUCGAAUGACUGAGACAAGGCAGCGAAACUCUACACCAACUAGCUUGUAACUUUGAUACUAACUAUUUGACUAUUGUAAAUAAACGUAUUUUGUACACCAACCUAUUGGCUAAGCGACGGAUGUGUAUUGAAGGGCUUCUAUUGCCCAAACGAACGAAUAGAUCCUAAGUCCUAGCCCCCAACUGUUGUUAACCCAGCCUGUAAGAAGUCCGCAGGGCAACGCCCACGCCCUCGAAAGCGAUCUUGAACGACUUCCCGCGAGAGCCAGAUAAUUAUCACAUAAUGCCUGGCAUUCGUGGGGCGUGUAUCAAUAAUUCCUUUGGAGGCGUUAAUUUGUGGCGCGGAGCGGGAGCAUUUUGUGGAUAAACACGCGGAACAGACUGUCUGAAAUGGCAAUAAAACGAAACCGAAACUGAAUCUUGGCAGCUACAUACGUAUGUAGAAUAGAUACCACACUGGCCAUCGGGCAGCCCAGCCACCAAACUAUUUAUACUCACCGAACAAUAAAGCUUUUUGGCAAACAUCAGCGGAACUAAGCA